AUGGACCAAGAGGCAGUCGGCGACCACGACAGCCAAGGCAGCCAAGCUAGGCGGGCCCUGGGGACAGCUCACCCUGGCCCCCUGAUGAGCAAGUUCUUGUUUCUGCCCGGAACACAAGCCGGACUUCUGGUUCCAGACAUCAGACCAGAUCAUACGAUUUAUAUUAUAAUAUUAAUGACAAAAAUUAAAAAAGAAGAAUCGAAGAGAUCCCUGUACUCCCCGCGUUCUCAGCCUGGCCACAUGGUAGACAUUGCGGCAGCAAAGACCAUGAAGGGGAGGGGCAGGCCUCGGUUAUCUCGCAGAUGCUCUGAGCACUUACAAGGACUUCCACUGCGAGUCCAGUUUGCAAAAACAGAUUCUGAUCUAAUAUCUAAAUUGCGUGGCACUUGGCUGGCAAACAGAAAAGCCAAUCACAUUGCAAAGAGAAAGCCUGAGCACACAACACCCAACUCAGCCAAUAACCAAGCGAGUUCAGCACCAGGCCCUCAGGUCCCUAAUUACGCUGCAAACGGUAUUUCAGCCCUUAGGAACUUACCGGAAGAGACUAAGGAGAUGACGCUGUCCUUGCCGUUUAAUCAGCACCCUGGUUUCAAGGAAGCACGUUUAGUACCUGGCAGACCAGGCAUCGCGUGUGUAGAAUCUGAAAAUGUUGGGGCCGGCGCUGCUAUCCGGAGGCGGAGGUGGCUGCGGGCCGCGCAGAGCCCUCCCGCGGAGGGGCGGCGGCGGGGUGCGGGGCGCUGGGAGCAGACCCGCGCGGGCAGCUGCACCUGCAGGGCCCGGGGCCGGCCACUCGGGGAGCAGGGACCGCCCCCGACUCCUCCAGGCCCCCCGGGACAGUACCGCGCGCUGUAA